AUGUCUACCUCAAAGUCCUCAAAGAUCAAUAUUGCCCUAGGAGCAGCAAACGUCGGUGACGGCAAUGCUGACCCCAUGGUACGCUUCCACGAGCCAAGCGACGUCAUUGCCUUUCUAAAUGCCUUCACCAAACGAGGAUAUACCCAAAUUGACACUGCACGCAUCUACUCACCUCAUGCGCCUGGUACAUCCGAGCCAAAGAUCGGAGCCAUUCCUGAGAAGAACUUUAUCAUUGACACAAAGGUUAAUUCGUUUCAUGACGGGGCUCACUCCAAGGAGAACAUCCUCAAAGACAUUAAUGAUUCUCUGAGUGCCUUGAGAAUCCAGCAGAUCAAUAUCGAGUAUUUGCAUCAGCCUGACCGGGCGACUGACCUUAAAGAAGCCUGCGAAGCCAUGGACCAAGCCCAUAAAGAAGGAAAGAUCAAGUACUGGGGUAUCAGCAAACACACGGCUCAAGAGGUCGAGACUAUUGUCAAGAUUUGUCAGGAACACGACUUCGUCAAGCCCAGCGUUUAUCAAGGAGAGUAUAAUCCGAUUGCGAGGUCCGCCGAAAAGGAACUUUUUCCAAUCUUGCGACGACAUGGCAUCGCGUUCUAUGCUUUUAGUCCAGCUGGAGCUGGAUUCUUUGCUGGCAACCAUAAGAAUGUUCGACCUGGCGGCCGCUUUGAUCAAUCCCUUUUCCUUGGAGGUAUAUACUCUGACCGCUAUCUCAAACCCUCCAUUUCGGAGGCCACGGAGAAAGCGCUGGCUGCAGCUUCUCGACACGGGAUUAGCGGCCACGCAGCGGCUCUUCGGUGGACCGCUCACCACGGAUCUUUGAGCAAAGAGCUAGGUGAUUCUAUCAUCAUUGGUGCAUCGAGCUUGGAGCAGCUGAACUCUAACAUUGAUGCGAUUGAGGAUGGGCCGCUGCCUGAUGAUGUAGCAGACGCUCUUGGAGCUGUCUAUGCGGAGAUUGGGGAUAUUCUUCCAUAUCAUGUGGUGCACAAUGCAGGCCCCGAGGCUCUCCGAGAGUCAAAACGCGAAGCUCGUUCGUACUCUGCCCAGGUGGCACACGCCAGAGCACGGAAGCUUCGCGGACCUGGAAAGGCAACAAAGAUUCAUGAGGGAAAUGGUCCCAAAACAGAAAAGAAGCAUACUAUGAAAGUCUUGAGCACAAAGGGACAGCCUCUAAACCAGACCUUGCUUCCAUACAACCAAGCGACUCUAACUACAGCGGAGCUUCACACCCAUCAGCCGAUACUAUCACCAUACAUCAACUUCCUAUCAACUCUCACAAAUGACGAAUGUUUCAUGUUCGACCAUUACAUCAAAAUUGUGAUGCCUUAUCUUAGCGCUCACUGCCCGAUAGCGAGGUCUUUAGGUCAGUACCACGAAUAUUUAAGAAGAAAUUGGAUCAUCAUAUCUUCGCACGAUGCGGAAUUCAUCAGAGGAUUUCUCUUGGCUGCUUCCCGCCAUUUGUCCGUGGUGGAGUCGAAUAUCGAGUUCGAAGAAAUAGCUAUAAGGUAUAAACUGGAGCACCUCGCAAAGCUCCGGAAGGACGUUUCGAUGCAGCCGAUGUCAAUAAACCCUCGAUCGGUCUCGAGUGCUUUAGUCCUAUCAUUUGAUGAAGUAAGCCUUUCCAUUCAUAUCUGGAGUCUUCAUGCUUCUCGGGAACAUUCCAAUGGCAUUGCGACAUAUCCAUGGGGCAGCGAGUAUAGUCCAGGCAGCUGGCGGACCCCAGUCACUGGGCCUGAGCCAGUUUAUAUCAUAUACGUUGUUCACUUGUGUCCAGGAAGACCGAAUCGGAGAUUGGGCCUGGGUUUUGAAGUAUGA